CCGCCGGAUCUCGUCGGACUCGGAUCCGCCCGACCACCCCGCGCCGCCGCCGCGCAGCAGCAGCAGGCCGAACCCGAAGGCAACGAGGACUAGUAGAUUCAUACUUCCGCCGCCCCGCCGCCGCGAUGCAGUAUCACCUACGCCGAUGCGGCGGAGGCGCCCUCGCCGCUCUCUGGCGGCUCCGCCACAACGCUUCCUCUGCCGUAGCGUCGCCUCCUGUGGCCUGGAGGCGACCCUGCCUUCCUCCACGGUUCUACUCCACCGCCGAGAUGAGCCAGCAGCUCCCUGCGAACCUAGUGGAGAUCAUGGAGCAGAGAAUGAAGUUGAUCGAGCAGAGGAGCGCGUACCUCCAAGAGCAAAUCAACCAGCCAGCCGCCUCGCCGGAAGAGUACUCGAGGGCUAACAAGGAGUUCCGCAAGCUGGAGAGCACCAUGGAGUUGAUCAAAGACCUGAGAUCGAAACAGGAGGAAAUCGAGGGUCUCAAAUCUUUGGUAGCAAAUGAUCAUGAAGAGAAAGACAUGCGUGAGAUGGCAGAAGAGGAGCUUCUUGUGGCUGUCGAGGAGGAGAAACGAUUGCAGCAUGAACUGUUUAGAUCGCUGCUUCCAAAGGAUGAAGCAGAUGAAAAGGAUUGCAUAUUGGAGGUGCGGGCAGGAACUGGAGGAGAAGAGGCUUCUUUGUUUGCAAUGGAUAUAUUUAGAAUGUACGAGAAAUAUGCCCAGAAGAAUGGGUGGAAAUUUGAUGUCAUUGACAUAAUGGAGUCUGCUGUGAAAGGAUACAAGGAAGCUAGUGGAACUAUAUCAGGUCCUGGGGCGUUCGGCAAACUAAAGUUUGAGAGUGGCAUCCAUAGAGUUCAGCGAGUGCCAGCGACUGAGAAAUCUGGACGAAUGCACACUAGUGCUGUAUCAGUUGCUGUUCUUCCGCAAGCUGAUGAGGUUGAUGUCCAGCUGCGAAAUGAGGACCUGAGAAUUGAUACCUACAGAUCAGGUGGCUCUGGAGGUCAGUCUGUCAAUACAACCGAUAGUGCUGUUAGGAUAACUCAUAUUCCAACCGGAACAGUGGUUGCAAUCCAAGAUGAGAGAUCACAGCACAUGAACAAGGCCAAAGCUCUGAAAGUUCUCCGAGCGCGACUGUAUGAGUUGGAGAGGCGUAGACUACACAUGGACAGGUCAAAGCUUCGAUCAGAACAGAUUGGAAGCGGUGACAGGUCUGAGCGAAUCAGAACAUACAACUUCCCACAGGGCCGUGUCACCGACCAUCGCGUUGGAGUCACACACCACUCCAUAGCAGAUGUCAUGGAGGGGGAGAGCCUGGACAUGUUCGUUGAUGCGCUCCUGCUUCAAGAAGAGAUGGACGCCAUUGCUUCAUUUGGCGCAUAGCUAGAUUAAACCUUGCAACAUUGAUUCACGUCAUGGACAAAAUAGAGAUCAGCGAAAAACAAUACCGAGCAGUCCACUAGUGAAUUGCCUGUGCAUUGUGUCCUGUUUUGGCGUGUGCUAGUUUUACAUAAUGCUGAAUUUUUAAUGUAGGCAUGUGUUAUAAUUGUUGCCGAUAAACGUGUCGCUCAUCCAAUUCUUUCCAAACUACAGUUUUGCUGGCAAUGUUUUGUUGUUCGUUCUUUCC